AUCAAUAAACAAAUAAACAAACAGACGUUAUUAUUAUCCUUUAUUUAUCCAGAUGCCAUGGGAGUGGAUGGAGCCAGGGAGGACAACUCAGAUCCUGCAGGAUGUCAGCUUUACCGCAAAGAGUGGUCAGCUCAUGGCAGUCUUAGGUGGCUCCGGCAGCGGGAAAACAACCCUUUUGGACGUGCUAGCAUCUCGCACUACGACGGGUGAGAUGAGUGGAAACGUGUACCUUAACUCUGUGGCUGCCACCAAAGACAUCGUGGACGCCUGUACGGGCUACGUGCGUCAGGACGACCGGCUCAUUUCCUUCCUCACGGUUCGGGAGUCGCUCAUGUUCGUGGCUCAGCUCAAACUGCCCAAGAGUUUCACGCACGAACAGAUUGUGGACAGAGUAGAUCGUGUCAUUCAAGAGCUGGGCCUCAAACAUGUGGCAGACACAAAAGUUGGCAAUGCUACUCAACGAGGUCUGUCGGGGGGUGAGAGGAGGAGAGUCAGCAUCGGCAUACAGUUGCUUAUUCUGCCAAGUAUUCUACUUCUGGACGAGCCAACGUCUGGCCUGGACUCCUUCACAGCUAACAACAUUGCACAGACUUUGUCCAGACUGGCUUCAAAGAAGCGAACAGUCCUCAUGUCCAUCCAUCAGCCCAGGCGCUUCAUGCGGAUAAACAUCGACGACUGGACCAGUCUUUUGACGCACAUGGUUGAGGCAGUACUGAUGUCUACUCUGCUGGGCACGGGAUUCUACGAUCUCAAACUGGGCCAGAGCUCUGUGAGGGACUGGUUUGGUCUCAUGUUUAUGGUCUGCGUCAUGUACCCUUACAUGAUACUCUUGGGACUCAUCGGCAGAUCCCUUCCACCUCUUGUUUCUUCUGAUCUACUGUGUGCCAGUCUACGGCUUGACCGGGCUGAAUAUUGACGCCUACUCGUGCUUUAUGUUUUACAUUUUUGUGUCGGCGUCAGUCUUUUCAUCUCGUUGCAUAGCAAUGAUGUCAGCGGCACUUCUUCCGACCUACGAACUCGCCAGCGUUUUUGCUCAGAUAAUAUUCUCCCUCUAUUUCAUGAGUGGGGGCUUCAUACUCAACCUGGACAACAUUUUGCCGGUUCGAGUGCGAUGAAGGUGCUGCCGUCUCCUGUGUGAGGAACGGAGCUCAGGCCAUGAAGAUUUACGGGCUGGAUAGCGGAGAGCUGUGGACAUGUGGCUUGGUCAUAGGCCUCAACGUAUUGGUUUUCCUUGUCAUUAUGCUUGUAGGGCUUGUUUGGGUGCCACAGAAACCCCAUGACGAGGAUAUGUUCACGGGGAGCAGAAUUAUGGAGCGUUUCUACAGAAAAACUUUCGAGUGCGAUGAAGGUGCUGCCGUCUCCUGUGUGAGGAACGGAGCUCAGGCCAUGAAGAUUUACGGGCUGGAUAGCGGAGAGCUGUGGACAUGUGGCUUGGUCAUAGGCCUCAACGUAUUGGUUUUCCUUGUCAUUAUGCUUGUAGGGCUUGUUUGGGUGCCACAGAAACCCCAUGACGAGGAUAUGUUCACAGGGAGCAGGAUUAUGGAGCGGUAG